AUGGACGACAAUGGAAAUAAUGAAGAAGAGAGCGUUAAUUCUGAUGACUACGACAGCGUCAAUGACCCACCUCUCAUACCCGCGUCAUUCGUUUACCGCAACGAAGAAGAUUUGAGCCAUCUUGACAAAGGUUCCACCACUUGCGUUGUCUUUGCCCGUGGAAUCCAAGUCGUACCAAUGGCUGCCUUUGGGGGAUGCCAUUGGUUAUCACAAGUGUCUUUCCCUUCCGGUCUAGAAAGAAUCGAUUCUCUUGCCUUUGACUCAUGUUUCUCACUGGAGAGAGUGUCAUUUCCAUCAAGCUUAUUGGUGAUCGGGUCAUAUUCCUUUGCCGACUGCCGCUCUCUGAAGCACAUCGAGCUCAACGACGGUCUCCGCACAAUCGGUGAGCGAGCAUUUUUCAUGUGUAGAGUGGAGCGAAUAGUGAUCCCUUCAUCCGUCAAAGCAAUUGGUACUGGUGCGUUCAUGAUGUGUUCUAGACUGGAAUUCGUGGAUUUUGGUGAAGGAGUUGAAACAAUUGGAGAGUCGGCGUUUGGAUGCUGUAGUAGGAUGGCCAAAGUCCGACUGCCACCGCGCAUUCGAUCUAUAGAACACAGCACGUUCGCUACAUGUCGUUCAUUGCUUUCUGUGGAACUCCCAUUGGGAUUGCAGUAUAUCCGACAAGGCGCAUUUUCAAGGUGCCUUGGCUUGAAAAACUUUGCCAUCCCAUCGUCUGUCGAAGAAAAUGGAGAAGAAGCUUUUGACGAGUGUCCAUGGGUGUCAAAGGUACUCUAUCCUAAGAAUUGGGUCCCAUUCCAAGAAGAGACCAUGUUUCCAGAUGGCUUUCAUUCGAAACCAAGAGAAGAAAGGGCUUCGCUGUUGCAUCAGACAUAUGUCAAGCGCUUUUAUGGAUACCCACUCCACGAGGCUUGUUACAAGCAAUCAUAUCUUCCUCACAUGGUUGCCGUGGAGAGUAUUCGGGCUGUACUUGCUGUCGUGCCGGACUCUAUUGACCAAGUCGACGGCUUUGGCAUGUCCGCAUUCCAUAUCUUGGCCCUUUCCUCCAAGCCUCGUAUUAGCUUGUUCCAAAUGCUCCAUGCUCUCUGUCCUCGAAAGCUCCUUGAUACCCAGGAUGGAACUGCGUGUCACCCAAUUGAUUAUGUUUGUGCGAAUACCAGCAUAACGUAUGCUGAAAGGCGAAUGCUGAUUGAGUUCCUAGCUCAGGUGACAAUAAUGGAACGUAUAUCGAAACUAGGACUGUCUGUAUGGAGAAGCCGUGUGAUGGCCGGGGUGAGGGAUCAACUUCUUUGUGACAGCAGCGAUGAAAUUUCUGUUGCUGAAGUCUACCGAAUCUUGGAGCACUACGAGCAGCGAGAGAAUCUCUCUCUGUUGGAACUGAAAAUUUGGCAUUGGAAGCUAGGAGAUCAAGAGGUGGCGGUGAAGGAAACUGUUGCUACAUCUAGAGAGCGAAAGAAGCCAAAGUUCGAUUACCGUCAGGUUGCUCGGGUAAACUGCGGUGCGAACACUAUCAUUUCCAAUAUGGUACCGUUCUACGGAAUGGAGAAAUUGGACGAUUAG